AUGACACAAGAGACGGCUGAACGGCAAUUGGCUUCAGAUUCUGUCAAGAAGCCACAUCAGCUUGUCCAUCGGUUGCUAUAUCACGCAUACAGCAUAUGGCUAUUUACCUACAGCGAUCUACAUACCAUAUUGUUUCCGGAAACGGCGUUCGGCGUUCUACAUGCCUUGUGGAACGAUGUUCUCCAGCGUUUUCCUCUAGUACUGUAUUGGGUUUGGAUUAACCUUCUUGCCAUCGAUAUCGGUAACCAACGGAGUCCUGAGUCAAUCGCGGAAGAUAAAAUUAACAAGCCAUGGAGGACAAUACCCUCCGGGAGAUGGAGCCCAAUACUAGCUUCAUAUGGACAAAAAUUUGCCUAUGUAGUGGCUCUCAUGAGCAGCUGGUUUAUUGGUGGCUUAAGAUCAUGCAAGCUCUUAACACUACUCGGUUUCUGGUACAACGAUUGCGGAGGCAGUGAGGGACGACCAUUUACCAGAAACUUCAUCAACGCCAUGGGUAUCACCUCGUUUGGACUCGGGGCGCUAGAGGUGGCCUUGGGACAAACCCUCCAUUUUACAGCUGCCACAAUUCUUGACCUAAAUGCUCCGAACUUAGAACAGUGGAUUUUGUUGCUGUUUGUUGUUAUUUUAAGUACUGUUCACACGCAAGACAUGCAUGACCAGGAUGGCGACAAGGUUCGCGGUCGAAACACAAUGCCGCUUCAGAUCGGUGAUGCCCCAACGCGUUGGAUCACUGUCGGAUUCAUGAUAUUAUGGGGAGUAGUAUGCCCUCUUUUCUGGCGGUGCGGUGUUCUUGGUUACGCAACGAGCACUUCAAUCGCGUAUAUUGUCGCUUUUCGGACGUUCUUUCUCCGCACAGUCAGUGAAGACCGAAUGACAUUCGCUCUUUGGAAUUUGUGGAUGGUGAGCUUGUAUACAUUGCCCCUUGAGGCACUUGCUCAUAACUACAUCGCAAGGUAUGUUUCAAAUACUAUCAGAUAG